UCAGCUAAAGGUUGAAGUCAUGCCUAUCAUUGACAAAUUGAUUGUGAUUUUCUUUCUUACCGUUUUCUGCACUUCCUCUGGCAAAUGUGAAAAGAACGAUACCUGCAGGAACUUCAGACGUCGUCAUAUACUUAAACUGGUUUGUACAAAUGGCGGGAAAAUUUUCAUGCCUGAACUGGUGGGUUUCUAUGGUGAGGACUGCACGAAUUGUGAAGGUCAAUCCCCAGACCUUCUGGCUCAGAAGUAUGGAUGUACCUGGCGAAACCGAUGCAAAGUAAAACUGCAGAAGAGGUCCAUGGUGACUGGCUGCUACCGCAAAAUAAAUUCUAUUAAGGUCGUUAAGGGCCCGUGUAUUCAAAACGCAACAGAAAUUUUUGAUUUGAUAACAAAGAAAACUUUGGCUUUUGGUAAAAUAAAACAUCUUCCCAACACAACCUUUAUUGUGAGAAGUCAUCGACAUUUUCCGUGGAAUUACAAAUAUUUGACCGAUUCCCCCAUCCACAGACUCCGAUUUAGCAUGAAGAGGGAGGACAUUGGACAACAAAUUGUUCUCUCCGUUUCCUAUUUGGACAUUCACUCGGCCUCGGACAGCCUGUACAUCAUGUAUAACGAAAGGAUAAACAUAACAAAGCAAUGCACUCUAGCAAUAAGCAUUACAAACAUUUCCUAUUUUGAUAUCUAUUUCCACUCUAAAUCCAAUUUCCCCUUCACCGCCAGGACCAAGGGAUUCGUCAUGUGUCUGAAACUGAUGAAUAAAACUGGUCAAAACUUUGGAUCAUUGUGUGAUGACAUCAUCAGUUAUGACAAACUGCAGUUUUCAUUGAUCAAAUCUGGCUCUAGAAAAUGUGAUAGGAAAGGGGGAAAAGGACGCCGAAAAUGUAAUAAAAGAAAACCCACCAAGAAGAAGGAGACCUGACGUCAAUCGUUAUUCAGACCUGACGUCAAUCGUUAUUCGUUUCGUUGUUAUCAUAUUAUCAUUGCCGAAGUAAAGCUGUACACAACACCAGUUCUUCUCCCAUGGAGUGUAUAUUAUCAUUGCCGAAGUAAAGCUAUACAUAACACCAGUUCUUCUCCCAUGGAGUGUAUUUUUUAUUAUGAAUCCAGAAAUACUUAAGUAAACAACAUAGGUUGCUUUCAACGAACAAUUUUCUGAUUGAUUAUACACUUCUCUAACUUAGUAAUGGGGUAAAUUCUCGUACCUUAUAAUAAGCAUAUAAUGGGUUACUUCUUUAUACAUACCUUUAAAAACACAUUAUUCUAGUUGUCCAAAAUGCUUUUCUGCUUAGUGUACAGAGGGUUCUCAAGAACGUUUGAAUGUCUAUCAAUUCAAAUGCAACUGUAUUUUGGUGAAUACUUGUUGGCAAAACGCUUUAGGUGAAGACUUUGUGUAUGUCUAAGAUUAGACAAGUAACAGCAAAAUCGUGUACACUCUGCCAUGUGUUUCAUAAACUAGAAAUGGUGAAAAGUUUAGAUAGGUUCCACGAGGAAUAUGUACCGCUUCCAGCCGAGGAAAAGCUUGAAACAAUAGUCUUUGUUUGUAAGGCUUAUUUUUACAACAAUAAUUUAGAAGAUCUUGGCAAAGACGGAAUUUGAUUAUUCAAUUCAUAUUUACUGUUCCCUUUCUUUUCAACACUUUGUAAUGCAAGGUGAAGAUAACGAACAGUGAUUAAUCUCAUAACUCCUAUAAGCAAUACAAAAUAGAUAGUUGGGCAAACACGGACCCCUGGACACACCAGAGGUGGGAUCAGGUGCCUAGGAGGAGUAAGCAUCCUCUGUCGACCGGUCACGCCCGCCGUCAUAGAUCGAUUCGAUAUACAUUGUAUCCCAGGGAAAUUGACAUAAAUGACACCAGAGCGUCCUUCACAUCUGCUUCAUAUUUGGAUGUUUAUAUCACACUCACAUUCCAUCACUAUAACUUAUCCCUUCAUGUACCCCUUUUGUCAUGUUAAAUUUAGCACUUUAGAUAUACCCAUUGCGUACCUCAGACUCCUCACCUGGACAAUUCUGGUGAUUUUUUCUGUUAUUAGAGAGUAAAUACUUGUCUAAGAUUCACAUAAUUGUUACUAUAAAUAAUCACAUUUUGCUAAUUGAAUUCAUGGAUUUCAA